AUACAAUAGACAUCGUACGCUAUGAGAUUACGGGGACGCCUGCGUUGAUAUUUGAUACAUCAGCGGUGAAUGAUCCCGUUUUUGCCUUAGACCUCAGAUCUGUAUAUAAAGCCCCAGAUUCUAGUCGAAGUCAGCAUUCGCUCUGGAUUCAACCCGGAGCACAGUGUAGUCCGAGAAAAAGGCUUGGUUAAAAUUUAUUAACAGUUUUCAAAGAAACCGCCAAGAUGGCCAUGGUUCGUCGUUCCAGCAUGGACAGGAUGUCAUCCAGCAUGACAUCAAGCAUGACAGGAAUGGGCCUUGGUGGGAUCACGGGCCUUACAUCGGGCAUGAGUAACUUGAUGAGAGAUCAGCAAAUGACCAUUGGAGGAAUGCCUUCGAAUUAUGUACCUGGAUUGUCAGCAAACUAUAACAUUUCAAGCUUUUGCCAGCGACCAGGGCAAACUCGCCGUUGGCCAAUGCAACGAGCUGGCCCGACCGCCCAGCACCGCCCGGGACGCUCCCACAGCACGGGCUCCCUGCAUCGCAUGAAGCACUCGAUGAGGAACAGCCCAAACACGCAGUACAGCCAUAAUCUGAUCUGCAAGCUCGCGGAUCAGAAUGAAAGACGCCGUCGUCAGGACACCUUGGAGAUGAUUCCGCAAAGUUAUUACUCUCAGCAGCCGCUGAAAGUAGAGUUGACUGAAUUCUAUUCUCGAGACAACUCCAAGGACCAUCACACCGAGCAGUAUGACUUGGUCAAUGACAACAUCUUGCCCAACCCUGUACUUCGGCGUGGGCAGAACUUCUUCUUUGCUGUGCGCUUCGAUAGGACCUACGACAAGCAACAGGACAUGAUCCGAGUCGUGUUCUGCUUCGGUCCUAAGCCGAGCGUCACAAAGGGGACUCGCGUUGUACUUCCUGUGAAUUGGAGUUCGCAACAGGGUGUGUUCCAGCACUCCCGUGAUAUGAUGGGCAUGGGUAUGUCCCGCAUGCAAGAUACGAGCACUGGUAUGGGUACCAUGGGCAGCAUGGGGACUAUGGGAACCAUGGGCACCAUGGGAACUAUGGGUACCAUGGGAACGAUGGGCACCAUUGGAACCAUUGGAGCUGUUGGACCAAUGAGCGGCAUGAGGGAAACUACCAACUACGGCGUGCGACGUAGCUCUUUCAGUAAUGAGCCGCUGCCGUUGCAGCAUAGCCCACUCAGCCCUCAUGGGCCUAUUGACCGCAUGGACCGCUACGGGAGCACAACUCAGCAUUCAUCAUUUGGUCGCGGUUAUGGCUCACGCCAUGGAUCUCGCCACGGAUCAAUGCAGAAUUUGGCUUCAAUGGCUCAUGACAUGGACAGAUGGGAUCUAAGCAUUCAGCGCCAAGAUGGAAACACAAUUACGUUCCAAGUGCACAUUCCUGCCACGGCCCCAGUUGGAGUAUGGAACUGCUGGGUUCAGACUAACCGCUUCGGUCAGCGUGACAACCGCCACGACUACAAAUGCGACGAAGAUGUGUACAUUCUUUUUAACCCCUGGUGCAGGGAGGACCCCGUUUACAUGGACAACGAGUCAUCAAGGAAGGAAUACGUCCUCAAUGAGCAAGGAAAGAUUUGGUGCGGCACCUGGAGGCAACCCAAGGGCCGCAAGUGGAUUUACGGCCAAUUCGAUGAUGUGGUACUGCCGGCUAUCAUGUACUUGUUAGAGCGAAGUGGACUUGAACAUGCUGAGCGAGGCAACCCGAUUCGUGUGUGCAGAGCGAUAUCAGCUAUGAUAAAUGCUAACCAUGACGACGAUGGCCUCAUGGUUGGAAGGUACGAUGGCGAGUACAAGGACGGCGUUGCUCCACAUGCUUGGACUGGAUCGGUGGCUAUUUUGGAACGCUACCUUAUGGAUGGUGGACGUCCGGUAGAAUAUGGCCAAUGCUGGGUGUAUUCUGGACUUGUGAAUACCAUUUGCCGAGCUCUUGGUAUUCCUUCGAGAUCCGUCACCAACUACGUGUCGGCUCACGACACAAACAGGACGUUCACGGUGGACAAGUACUUCGACCGUGACGGCAACGAGGUACCGAAUGGCCCUGACGAGGACUGCUACGACUCUUGCUGGAAUUUCCACGUUUGGAACGAUGUCUGGAUGCAGAGGCCUGAUUUACCGCAAGGCUACAGCGGCUGGCAGAUUAUCGACGCAACUCCUCAGGAGGAAGCAGAGUCAGUGUACCACUGCGGCCCGGCCAGUGUUGAAGCCGUGCGCCGAGGAGAGGUCGGCUUCCAGUACGACACUCCGUUCAUGUACUGCCAGGUCAAUGCCGAGCUUUGCCACUUCCAGGAGGAAGAAAACUCUGAAUGGGGCUUCGUCAGGAUGGCCUCAAACAACUACCAAGUGGGCCGUAAGAUUCUCACGAAGAACCCCAACCGAGACGAUGAUGAAGGCGAAUCUGAUAUGCUGGAAAUUACUCACGAGUACAAGACGGCGGACAACAACUCGCCGGAGCGCCUCGCCAUCAUCUCCUCGUGCCGCGGCUACCAGCGCCUGCAGCAGUACUACGAGUACCCCGACCGCAACUUCGAGGAUGUCUACUUCGACCUCAUGGACAUCGACAUUGUGCCGUACGGCCAGCCCUUCGACUGUACGAUGAACAUUCAGAACAAAUCCCAUGAGGACCGUACGAUCUGGUGUGUGCUGACGGCGUCGUCGUGCUACUACACGGGCGCCAUCGCCUCGCGCCUGCGCCGCGCCCAGGGCGAGUUCGUGGUGCGCGCCGGCCAGCGCGAAGUGCUGAAGCUCCACGUGUCUCCGCAGGAGUACAUGGACAAGCUGGUCGACCACUCCAUGGUGAAGGUCCACGCGAUGGCAUACGUCAAGCAGACUCGCCAGGCUUGGUCUGAUGAGGAUGAUUUCCCUCUGCACAAGCCUAGGAUGCAAGUCCAGGUUCGAGGUCAGCCGUGCAUAGGACAGGAAUGCGCCGUGACAUUUAGCUUCCAGAACCCAUUGAACGUCCACCUUACCGAUUGCUACUUCACCUUCGAAGGGUCCGGACUGCAGAGGCCGAGACAGAUUCGCUUCCGUGACGUGAAGCCGGGUGAGUUCGUGAACUACCAGGAGAAGUUCGUGCCGCGGAGGUGCCACGGCGCCGGCGAGCGCCGCAUCGUGGUGACGUUCUCGUCGCGCCAGCUGGACGAGAUCUACGGCUGCACCACAGUGAACGUGCGCGGCUAGCUAGCACGCAGCCCGGCGCGCGCGCUCCGCCUCGCGCCGCCCGCGCCGCCCCUUGCGACGCCCGCGCCGCCCGCGCCGCCCGCGCUGCCGCUGCCCAGCCUUGGGCUCGAAACCUCUCUCCUCACAUACGCGACCCCUCAACAUAUCAUCAUUCAGGAGGAGGAAGUUGUCAUUAUUCAAACGUAACUUCAGCUCUCCCUCUAUGUUAUUUCAUUGUGGUGGUCGCUCUAUACAAGAUGCUAUUUUUUAAAACGACCUCGGCGAACGUACGGACUCGCAUUUUUUUACAUCUCUGUUCAUCAGUUUUUUUUCACAUGCACAAAUCAAAUGAAAAAAUAAAAUAAAAAUAUUGUAUUUUUGUUCACUUUGAUACACUUGUGUGUUUGUUUUAUAUAAUUUAAAUGUUAUGAUAUGAAUGAAACCGCAAUUUUAAGUGCCAUAAUAAUAUCGCUAGUAAAUAAAUGAAAACCUCUUCAUCGGAGAGUUGUAGGAAUAAGAUUCCUUAGGUAUUAUUAAAAUAUUAUAUUUUAAGAUUUAUAAAAACAUAAAACUGAAAAAAUACUGUAAUUUGCACGGUGUUUGUGUUUUUUUGGGAUCUCAAAAUAAUAAAGC